GUACUCAACAAAUGUUAGGCUGCAAGUCUGCAUUCAGUUAUUGAAGCACUCCCAUGAGUCCAUUUCUUUUUAUUUUUCUAGGACUGUGUAAUUGGGUCAAAGGUCUCAGUGUGUGGCAUCUGUUUCCUGAUUUGUCUCAGUACGUCAAUGGGCACAAACAAUGAAACUCUCCCCCACGAUUUUCUCCUGCUGGGCUUUCCUGGGUCCCAGGCCCUUCAGCUCUUUCUCUUCAUGUUUUUUCUGGUGAUGUACAUCCUCACGGUCAGUGGUAACAUGGCUAUCUUGAUGUUGGUGAGUACCUCCCACCAGUUACACACUCCCAUGUACUUCUUUCUGAGCAACCUCUCUUUCCUGGAGAUUUGGUAUACGACAGCUGCAGUCCCCAAAGCCCUAGCCAUCCUAGUUGGGGGAUGCCAAACCAUAUCAUUUACCAGCUGCCUUUUGCAAAUGUACCUUGUUUUUUCAUUGGGCUGCACAGAGUACUUUCUCCUGGCAGCCAUGGCUUAUGACCGCUAUCUGGCCAUCUGCUAUCCUCUUCACUAUGGAGUCAUCAUGAACAGCUUGCUCUCAGCACAGCUGGCCUUGGCCUCCUGGGUCUGUGGUUUCCUGGCCAUUGCAGUGCCCACAGCCCUCAUCAGCAACCUGACCUUCUGCGGCCCCCACACCAUCAACCACUUCUUCUGUGAUAUUGCACCCUGGAUUGCCCUGGCCUGCACCAGCACAAGGGGAGUGGAGCUAGUGGCCUUUGUGAUUGCUUUUGUGGUCAUCCUGAGUUCAUGCCUCAUCACCCUGGUCUCCUACAUCUACAUCAUCAGCACUAUCCUCAGGAUCCCCUCAGCCAGUGGCAGGAGCAAAGCCUUCUCCACGUGCUCCUCACAUCUCGCUGUAGUGCUCAUCUGGUACGGGUCCACCAUAUUCCUUCACGUUCGCACUUCUAUCAAAGAGGCCUUGGAUCUGACCAAAGCUGUGCAUGUCCUGAACACCGUGGUGACUCCAGUUCUGAACCCUUUCAUCUACACUCUCCGAAACAAGGAAGUAAGAGAAACUCUGCUGAAGAAAUGGAAGGGGAAAUGAACCGCUUCCUACAAAACGGAUCUCUGCAAAUUGUCCCCUUAUCUGUACAGAGAUUCCAAGUAAGACUAUGAAGGAAAAGGGCAAAUCUUCCUUGAUACAGAGAGAAAAAAAAAAACUAAAAGAAUCCAACAAAAAAGCUGAACACAUUUGCUUUGGUUUCUCAUAUAUGAUAGGAACGGGAGUUCUUGAUAUAAGCAAACAAGAUUCUUUUUUAAGAAAAAAAUUUGUACACUGGGUUAGGUUUGUCCUUGACAUUCAUUUAUAUAAGGAGGAGCACACAGAU